AUGGAAAUGGAGGAGAGUUAUGAAGGGGGAGAUGAGAAGGGAAGAGAAUCGGAGACACAAACAUCUGUUGUGGUGUACAAGAAAGGGGCAUGGAGCAAAGAGGAAGAUGAGAAAUUGAGGCGGGCCGUGGAUAAAUACGGGCUUCGUAAUUGGGUUGCAAUCGAGAAAUAUUCGGGAUUGGGCAGGCCCGCUAAGAACUGCAGGCUCCGAUGGUUGAACUAUUUGAGGCCCAACCUGAAAAAGUACCCGUUCACGCAGGAAGAAGAGGAAUUAAUCUUUGAGCUGCAUUCAAAAUAUGGAAACAGCUGGUCUCGCAUUGCCUCAAAGCUUCCAGGGAGAUCAGACAACGAGAUCAAAAACUUGUGGCACAAGAGAGCCAAGAAACUUCACAAGCACCACCUCCCAAUUUAUCCUUCAACAGCACCAACACCACCACAACAUAACCAAAACCACAAGAACGAUGAAGCCAUUAACAACAACGCAGAAAAUAACUACUUUCCUAAUAAUAAUCACAACCACAUUUCGACUUUCUACUCUCAACCUUCUGCUCCCUCCACACCAAAUCCGAAUGCUACGUCCUCCCGCCAUGACAUGUCAAUCCAUUCGCCGUCUCAAUUUGCUAUUUCCACACCCCAAUCGCAUUUUCACAAUAUUCCACAAAGCCCCUCGAACAUAUUAAAGGUCGACCAAACCACCCAAAACUUUCUUAUUUCCCCACAUCAAACAACUCAUUCCAACACAUCACACCAAAUUCAGACCAGUUUAAACAACGAUUUCAUGAUAAUCAGAAACCCUCCCAUUCUUUCCGCGCCACAAAGUUCCUUAAGACGAUUCUCGAGGACCAAUAGUAAAAUAUCGCAUUCAACACCAAAUAUAAUUUCUUCGGCCAUGGAGUCACCAAGGUCUCCCCUAAAACUCAACCUAUCACCCACAGUGCAAACAACUUCUUCUUUGCCCACAUUUCAACACCAAUCGCCAAAUGCGGCCCCAAUCUCUCCCCUCAAACUCCGUCUAUCAAUCCCCAUACCUUCCGAAUCUUUCUUCCAAUCAAAUUCCACGACCGCCCAUUUUAACAACAAUGUUCCUCAACAAAUGAAAAGGGAGGCCCCUUCAAUCCAAGAGGAACCUGAUUGCAGUUUGGAGAUUAUGGAAGAACUGAAGGAAGCUCAAGCCAAGGUCAAAUUCCUAAAGAAUAAACUGAAGCUGAAAAGAAUUUUGAAUCAGAAAAACCAACCCAAAGGGAGUCCAGAAGCGGCGAGUGAGAGUCCACUUGAUGUGAACUCAACCGAUAGCACGACUAAAGCAUGCACAUUACACAUGACAAGUUCGAAGAAAAUAAAAACAACUCUAAUAAAUAUUCCAAGAAACAAAGGUAACAACACGAUCACGAGCGCUAGUGAAGAAAGUACAGAGACGGAAACUAAGCCAAGUAGCGAAGUCCCUCCGAAAAAUUGUUCAUCUUUCACUCUUAACGAAAUUUUCAAGGGGGAAAGUCACUCCAUAGACCUUUUCAACCAUCUCACUGCCCAAAACACUAAAAUAACUCCAGACGAAUGCUCUACCAUGGUCACCUUAUACAGCCAAAGCUCCACUCUUUUACAACAAGAUGCCAUACAAGGGGAUUUGUUUGAUCAAAGGUCGAGCCACUUUCACCCAGAUGACGACCAAUACUUUGGCUAUAGUUUUGGGCAGGAAAUCGCAAACGGGUUCGAGAGGAAACUCGUCAAGGACGGCUCAAUGGAUGAUAAUAUGGGAAUAAAGUCGACAUUUUGCGAACUAAUGAAUAACCAAUAUCCGGAAUCCGAGCUAUUGGAUUCUUGCAGCCUGGUGAGUAACCCGAUCAUGGAGCAGGAAUAUUUUAGCGUCGAGCAAUUUUCCGGCGAAAAUUCAGGGCUUUGCAAACGAGAAGCCAUGUUUGGGAAUCCAUUGCCGGCUGCAAAUCUGAUAGACAACCUGGUUGACUCGGUUAACCAAGUGGGGCCCACAAAACAGGGGCAGCAGAGCUUCAUGCAGGGUUUACUGGUGGAUAACUUGUGGGAGGAUGAGAACUUUUCAACAAGCAGAUAUCAAGAAUCCAAGAAUGGGAAUAAUGAUGUAGCAGGGGAAGUAGAGGAAGAGCAGGGGCAUAUGAACACCAUGUCUGACGAACUAUCGAGUCUGCUCGAGUUUUUUCCAAGCAGCAGCCAGACGCUAGAUUGGUAUAACAUGGGGAAUGCAGUUCUUGAUACAAAAGCUUCUGGUGAGUUGGAAAAUCUUCAAAUGCCCUCAAACUCCCACCAACAACUCACAAUUGCUGACUAUUUCUGACAUAUGUUUGUUUAGUAGCUCAGCAAAUUAAGUAACCUCGUGCUGUUUCAAUCAUAUUUUGUAGAACAUCAUACUGAAUACUGGGAUUUUUUAAUGUGGAAAACGAAAAACUUGAGAUUCUUAACUUGGCAAGUGUAGAUUGUAUCGAGCUAGUCUAUUUAUUAAGUGCAA